AUGAGCGCCCAAACCGAAGAAACCACUGGGCAGCUACCGAACGGGACAGGAGUCAGCAGAGCUCUGGAUCAUAGUUCGGCAGCAGUUGGGGGUGAUGUGGAGACAUCACCAGUGAAUGUGGUGGAUGGCCAGCAGCAACAGACAAGAGACGCGGAGUCUGAAAGGGAUAGGCGUCCAGAGUUGCAAGCAACGGUCCGCACGGAUGCUUCUUCGCGGGCAGAGACUACAGCCAAGCAUGCGCAGGCGAGGCUAGGAGAAGCUUCGACGACGCUGGAUUUGGGUGGGCGAUCUGUCGCGGAGCAACAAGGAUCUGGUGAAAGGCCGGGAGCAGUGCAAAAUGGCUAUCUAACCCCAAGGGCGGGACCCUUGGAGUCCGUACAGCAAUCCUGGAUGACCUCAAUGGAGGUGCCAAGAUGGAUGGUGAAGUUGGGAAAUCUGCUCAACGGAGGGUCGGGAAUUCCCUCUGCAGAGCUGGCCCCGAGUCCGUAUCCCGGAGCGUCGCCGCUUUACUCGACGCCUCCGGGAGGGGCGACCUUCAGACUGAGGUCACCGGCGAAGGCUCGUCCGAUACCAGCAGCUCCGACCCCUCCGUCAUCGUCGAGUCUUCCUGCAGAAGCGAUACAAGCUGAGGUACAGCGCCAGCUACAAGGCGUGAUGGCACAGCUGAAGCAGUACGGAGAUCGCAAUGAGCAAUUGCAGUGUGAGCUUGAUGAUGCGAGGAGACAGUUGCGUGAGUUACGGCGUGAGGAGUAUAUGCAAGAAGCCGGGGGUGCAGCACCACGAGGAUUAUUAGGUGAAGAAAUGAUGCCUACAGUACAGCCUGUUGUUUCUAAAGGACCGAAGUUCUACCUGAUCUACGACGAGCCUCAGAGAUUCCGCAGUUUGCGAAUCCAGGGAAUGAGCCGAAAGCUGCAGUUGAUCAAGGAGCACCGGGACUGCUGA